AUGGACGUUCUCAUAACCUGCUUGGACAACGUCACCGUCGGCACCGCCGAAUACAACGUGACCUCUGACGCCGACAUCCUUGCCUUUAUCCAAGCCAGCCUAACGACCAUCUACCACGCCGCCGCGACCUGCAAGAUGGGCAGCUCCAACGACAGCAUGGCUGUGCUAGACAGCCAAGCACGCGUCUACGGGACGCAGAAUCUGCGCGUCGUGGACGCCAGCUCAUUUCCAUUCCUCCCACUGGGGCAUCCUCAGUCUACUGUUUAUGCGCUGGCUGAAAAGAUCGCGGCCGAUAUCCUGGGCGCUAGUGCACCACCGCCGGGCUACUCGAUGACGGGCUAUGCGCAAGACGUAGCGCAGGAACAAACUCGUUUGCAGACUCUGACGAACAGUAGCAAUCAGGUUUCAGCUCAGCAGGAAAGUGGCGCCGCUUUGAAUUUUCCUUCGCGUACCUCAGUAGUGGUAUUCGUUGCUCUCUACGCAGUCUCGUUGACUUGGUUCACAUGUUGUUUCUAA